AUGUCCAAACUCUCUAACCUGGACUUCAUGGCCCUUGACAUUACUGGAAAGAACUAUUUGUCAUGGAUUUUGGAUGCAGAAGUGCACCUUAGUGCCAAGACUUUGGGAAACACUAUUGUUUUGAACAACAAAGAAUCCCCUGAGGAUCGCUCCAAAUCCUUAAUAUUUCUCCGUCAUCACCUUUACGAGGCUUUGAAGUCCCAAUAUCUUACGGUGAAAGACCCGUACACUUUGUGGACAGAGCUGAAAGAUCGUUGUGAUCAUCUGAAAACACUGAUUUUACCUCGUGCAAGGUAUGAGUGGAUGCAUCUGCGCCUCCAAGACUUCAAGAGUGUAAGUGCAUACAAUUCAGCACUUUUUCAAAUCGUCUCUUAUUUAAAACUACGCGGUGAAACAGUUACUGAUGCUGAUCUUUUGGAGAAGAAUUACUCAACCUUUCAUGCUUCAAACAUUUUGCUUAAACAACAAUAUCGUGAAAGGCAGUUUAAGAAAUAUUCAGAGCUUAUCUAUUUCCUUCUAGUAGCUGAGCAGAAUAAUGAGUUAUUACUCAAGAACCAUCAAAGUCACCCAGCAGGUUCAAUAGUUUCUCCAGAGAUAAACGCUACAGAAAGUCGUGUCAAUGCUACUGAAAGUCGUGGGAAAGAACAGGGACGUUCGUUAGGUCCUAAAAAGCCCAACUUCAAGAAGAAGGCGUCUAUUAAAGGAAAGGAAAAGAAUGAUGAAACCAAUUUUGCCCAAUAUGACAUACCAAUGGAUAUUUCCCAUCUUGAUAUUUCUGACUUCAAGAAUGAUGGAAAUGAGACUGAAGACAUGGACUCCUUCUUCAAGGAUAUCUGA